UUGGUGACUGUACUGUACAACACAUUGUUAUUGGUACAGCUGGACUUCAGAUCUUACCGAUUACUUACGAUUGAAUUUUUGUUUAAAUUUUAUUUUUGAAUCCUGAUCUUUUUAAAUUCUGAAGUUCUCAUUUAUAAAACGUUCAACCGUAAGGAAUGAGUUCCUCGCAGUUGAACCGCCUGUACUUCGUGAUAAUUGGCCAUCGUGAUCAACCGCUGUUUGAGUUCGAAGCUUUGAAACAGGAUGACAGCAUGGGAAUUCCGCGCGAGGACUACCGCCAUCUGUGCCAGUUCAUCGCGCAUGCCGCGCUGGACGCCGUGGACGCCAGUCUAGCGAGCGCGCAAGGCAGCCAGAUGUUUUUCAAGAACAUCGACCGCUUCAACGAGUGGAGCGUGUCGGCCUUCGUCACCUGCAGUCUGGUCAAGUUCGUCCUUCUCCAUCCCAACCGCGAAGAGAGCCAGUCGGCGCUGCGCAAAGAGGAGUCGGACAUUAUCCGCAACUUCUUCUAUGCCGUUUACGAAAUCUAUAUGAAGAUGAUUCUGAAUCCGUUUUACGAGUUGGAUUCCGAAAUCACAUCCAGAGCAUUCCGUGAAAAAUUCCAGCAGUUGGUCAAGAAGCAUCUUCUUAAUUUGUGAUCUCUGGUUUGCGGCUUUUGGUUGCAUCAACGGUUCUACUUGCAUGAAUUGUUAUAAUUUUGUGAUAUCAGGAUUUGGAAUUCACAGAUUCGCUACUCUGUUCAUUCUGUUUGCCACGGUUUAAAAUUUUGUCAGUUUUAGAGUGGGCCUCUGUUGCGAAAAAUAAAAGAAAUAGUAUUAAAAGCGGUGAAAUUUACGCGAAAGUGUUGGCUGACUUUACGUUAUAACUUUUAACUUGUGCUUAAAAUUCUAAUUCCAUCUCCUCUGUUAUUAGCUGCAAGAGGGUCACAAUAAUAAUGCCACUGGGCCUCGUGGAUUAAAAUAAAAAUUUGCCCUUUCAAAAAA